CGCACUUCUUCAUUGCCCCUACUGGGUCCGCCAUGGCCAAUGUUUGCGGUUUUAGCAUUCUACCUGUUCAUCGUAAUGAAGUGGGGACCUAAAUUUAUGGAAGACAGAAAGCCAUUUAAUGUAAAGCCCUUAAUACAGAUAUAUAAUCUUAUUCAGGUGGCGCUUAAUGCAUACAUAUUUACGGCGUCUCUUCGUGCUUCAUAUCUGAAACCGUACUUUAAUCUCUCCUGCCAACGAUAUGACCCAAAGGAUACGAGCCCUGAAAUGAUGGCCUUGCUCAUACCUGCAUAUCUUUAUUACAUAUCCAAAUACAUGGAUCUAUUGGACACACCACGAUAG